AUGGGGAAAGAGAUUCAGAGAGUACUCGAGUUCUACAGCGGAAUCGGCGGAAUGAGAUACUCGCUGAUGAAGGCUCAAGUGAACGCGCAAGUGAUCGAAGCAUUUGAAAUCAAUAACAUUGCAAAUGAUGUUUACCAACAUAACUUUUCUCAUCGUCCUUAUCAGGGAAAUAUUCAAAGCCUAACUGCUGUUGACCUAGACAAAUAUGGUGCUGACGUAUGGCUUCUUUCUCCUCCCUGUCAACCUUACACGCGACAAGGUCUCCAGAAGGACACUGGGGAUGCACGGGCGUUUUCUUUUCUUCAGAUUCUUGAGCUCAUCCCAUUCUUAUUGCACCCUCCAAGUAUGUUGUUUGUGGAAAAUGUUGUCGGGUUUGAGAUAUCUGAUACACAUGCAAAACUGAUUGAAAUACUGGAGAAAACUAAUUUCAUCACACAAGAGUUCAUUCUCAGCCCUUUACAGUUUGGAAUUCCAUAUUCUAGGCCCCGUUAUUUUUGCCUGGCCAAGAGAAAACCGUCAUCAUUUGGAAAUGAAUUUUUGAACCGCCAGCUAAUUCAAUCUCCAAAGCCAUUAUUUGAGCCCUUCAAUGCAGACUCUAAGGAAGAUGAUUUAUCACUAGAGGAUAGACACAAUUUGUUGCAGUCAUGUCAACCUAUUGAGAAGUUUCUUGUAUUAAAGAAUCCUAGCAAUGAUACAGAUGUUGAAUCUGCGGCUUCUACGACCGGUGUGUCCAAUGACAUUUCUAGAACUUCAGGAGAAGAUAACGAGCAUGAAUACGAUUCUUUAGACAAGUAUUACGUUCACCCAAGCUUGUUAGAGCGGUGGGGAAGUGCUAUGGAUGUUGUGUACCCUGAUUCAAAGCGCUGCUGCUGUUUUACAAAAAGUUAUUACAGAUAUGUGAAGGGAACUGGCUCCCUUUUGGCAACUGUUCAGCCAAUGAAGAGGGACAAAACAUCACUCAAGGAGCAGCGUCUUAGGUACUUUACACCAAGAGAGGUUGCAAACCUACAUUCUUUUCCUGAAGAUUUCAAGUUUCCAGAACACAUCAGUCUCAAACAACGGUAUGCAUUGCUCGGGAACAGUUUAAGCAUAUCAGUUGUCGCACCCUUACUUCAUUAUCUUUUCACUGAAGCGUAG